AUUCACAUAGCAUUCUUGUGUAUAUAUGUAAAGCAUUCAACUGUAUCUAUCUACCUACAUAAAUAAACACAUAAUGGGCCAGUGACGCACUUGUGCAAACAUAAUCGCUGUAGUCGUAUCUUUUCUGGAUUAUAAAGAGAGAGGGAGGAGAGAGAUGGGGGAGAGAGAAACAGGCGAACUAUUGAUGAUGCGAGCGGGAGAGGAAGUUUGGAUUGCCAGAAAGAGCGAGUACAUGACGAGAAGAGAGGACAAGGAGAGAGAGAGAACGCGCACAACAGAUAGAGAGAGAGGAGAGGAACAGAGAGAGUGAAGAACAGAGGAUAGGGCGCAAGAGAGAGACAUGGAAGGACAGAACAGAGGAAUGGCUCUGUGAUGCAGCAAUGAGAGGGUAUAUUGAAUCACUAAAGGAAGUAAUGAAAAUAGAUUAUUAUAUUCUGGAUAAAGUUUCGGUGGGAAGUUUCAAAGGGAAAAAUCCUCUUCACAUGGCUAUAUCAACGGGGCAAAAAGAAUUUGUUCUAGAACUUUUGGAGUUUAAACAAGAUCUUGCUAAAACUGUAGACACAGAACUAGGCACAGCCCUUCACAUAGCAUCCUCUAAGGGGUAUCUAGAGAUUGUGGAACUUUUAGUGGAAGUUAGCCCUGAGAUGUGCGCGGCUCGUGAUCGAGAAGGUAAUAACCCUCUUCAUAUCGGUGCCAUGAAAGGUAAUGUCGAAGUAUUAAAGCUAUUGCUUCGAACCAACCCCCGCUCAGCUCGAGUUAUGGUGGAUCGAGGUGACAAUAUUUUGCACUUGUAUGUAAACCAUAAUCAGCUUGCAAGUUUGAAACUAAUGCUAGACAAGAUUGGAGAUGAAAAGUUUGUCAAUUCUACUGAUAUCAAUGGCAACAACAUAUUGCAUCUCGCAGUUUUUGGUAAACGACGUGAGAUUAUCAAAUAUCUACUACUUAAGCGGCCAAAAGAAAGAAAAGAUGAUGAUGAGCUUGGUCAAUUAAUAGAUGUGAAUGCAAGAAAUGGUAGUGGGUGGACGGCGUUGGAUAUUCAUUUCCGAGUAGCAGAGAGUGAAGAUAAGAAUUAUGAUGAGUAUAUCGAAGACGUCUUACGUAAAUCUGGGGUUGAAAUAUCGGAAUUACUUUUUUUCCCAUUUGAUCCUUAUUGGCAGAAGAAGAAAAAGGAUACAUUAAUGAUUGUAUCAUCGCUGAUGGCGACAAUGUCAUUCCAAGUCGGGAUCAAUCCUCCUGGCGGUGUUUGGCAAGAUACAUCAGCAGGACACGGAGCCGGGAAAGCUGUAAUUGCUUAUACUAAUCCCAAAGCGUAUCCAUACUUGGUGUAUUUCAACACGAUAGGAUUCCUUCUGUCUUUGACUACAAUUUUAGAGCUCAUUGUUGUUUUGCCAACAAAAAAAAGGGCUUUUGGGUUUAUUCGAGCUGGGAUCUCGUGGUUGACGAUCACGAUCAUGGCGUUCGCUUAUGCAUUUUCUGUCAUUGUUCUCGCUCCCACGGAGAUGUAUAAGUCCAUAAACCUUGUCAUUUUGGCUACUGUUACAGUGUGGGCCGUUGUGAUAUCGAUUCUCCGCGUACUACCAUUCCAGGUCCAAGGUGUACUAUUAACCGCACUGAUGGACUUCUCUGGAAGCAAACUGAAUGAAGUGAAAUGGAGAUGA